AUGGCUCCAGGAGAGGCAUUAGCCGCGGGGCUGAGCGCCCGGGAGCGGCCCCUGCUCGGCUUCCCGCGGAGCCGCCCGGCGGGGGAUGCUCAGCACGCCCCCAGCCCUGCGAGCGCGGAGCGGAGCCCCCAGCCCUGCGAGCGCGGAGCGGAGCCCCCAGCCCUGCGAGCGCGGAGCGGAGCCCCCAGCCCCGCGAGCGCGGAGCGGAGCCCCCAGCCCCGCGAGCGCGGAGCGGAGCCCCCAGCCCCGCGAGCGCGGAGCGGAGCCCCCAGCGCUGCGAGCGCGGAGCGGAGCCCCCAGCCCUGCGAGCGCGGAGCGGAGCCCCCAGCGCUGCGAGCGCGGAGCGGAGCCCCCAGCCCCGCGAGCGCGGAGCGGAGCCCCCAGCCCUGCGAGCGCGGAGCGGAGCCCCCAGCCCUGCGAGCGCGGAGCGGAGCCCCCAGCCCCGCGAGCGCGGAGCGGAGCCCCCAGCCCCGCGAGCGCGGAGCGGAGCCCCCAGCCCCGCGAGCGCGGAGCGGAGCCCCCAGCCCCGCGAGCGCGGAGCGGAGCCCCCAGCCCCGCGAGCGCGGAGCGGAGCCCCCAGCCCCGCGAGCGCGGAGCGGAGCCCCCAGCCCCGCGAGCGCGGAGCGGAGCCCCCAGCCCUGCGAGGGCGGAGCGGAGCCCCCAGCCCUGCGAGCGCGGAGCGGAGCCCCCAGCCCUGCGAGCGCGGAGCGGAGCCCCCAGCCCCGCGAGGGCGGAGCGGAGCCCCCAGCCCCGCGAGCGCGGAGCGGAGCCCCCAGCCCCGCGAGGGCGGAGCGGAGCCCCCAGCCCCGCGAGCGCGGAGCGGAGCCCCCAGCCCUGCGAGCGCGGAGCGGAGCCCCCAGCCCUGCGAGCGCGGAGCGGAGCCCCCAGCGCCACGGCGGCCGGCGGCAAGCAGCGAUCAGCGCUCCCGGCCGGGGCUGGCUCCCUCUCCCUCUCCCUCUCCCUCUCCCUCUCCCUCUCCCUCUCCCUCUCCCCUGGGUCCCGCUCGGGCCCCGCAGCAUCCUCGGGGACGUUUCGCCGCCGCCGUCGCGCCGCGGAGGCCGGAGGGGGCCUGGCGCCCUCUGGUGGCGCAUGGCAGCGCUGCAGCCGCCCAGCGGCCGUGCGGGGGUGAUCCUCUCCCCUGGGAGGUUGAGGUCUCCUGGG